AGCAUAUAAGAGCAUGAGAUUCCAUACGAAGCUAGUUAUUAACAAAGCAGUAUCGUUGCCAAGAUGCAGUGGGACCCGAAAGACAAAACGUUUUUGAUCACCGGCGGAGCUUCUGGUCUAGGAGCUGAAUAUGCUCAAGCUUUCCUCAACCAUGGAGCAAAGCGGGUAGCUAUACUAGACAUCGCGGCGGAGGUUGGCAAGGCGACGGCUGAGCGGCUGAACAAGAGUCACCCCGACAAGGCGGUGUUCAUCAGCUGCGACGCGAGCAAGGAGGAGGACACAGCUGCCGCCUUCGCCGCGGCGCUCGCGCAGCUCAAGCAGAUCGACGUCAUCAUCAACAACGCUGGCAUCAUGGUCGACGCGCCCAACAUGUGGAGAACUGCUUCAGACGUUAAUUGGCAAGGAGUGGUAUCGUUCUCAUUAAAAGGCAUCAACCAUAUGAGAAAGGAUGAAGGUGGCGCUGGUGGAACUAUCGUCAACAUUGCUUCUAUAGCCGCUAUAUCUAGAGCUGGGGCCUUACCAAUUUACUACGGGUCGAAAAUAGCGGUCCUACACUUCAGCCAGUGUAUAUCGGAGAAACCGUUUUUUGAAAACACAGGUGUCAGGGUUCUGACAAUGUGUCUGGGAGGCACCGACACUCCUUUGAUGCAAAAUUUGGGAGCAAGGUCCUACGAUCGAAAACUUGGAGAAUUCAUAGCUGCAAAAGUUGAAAAUGAUGGAGUGACAUUUCAAAAGGUGGAGUCAGGAGUCAAGGCAAUGGUUGACAUGUUCAACUCCGGCACGCCAGGCUCCAUUUGGCUGUCCAUAGACAACAAACCAGUACAAGACAUAACUCCAAAUGUUAGCAGUGCUUUCGAUGGUUUUGAGAAAUUAUUGUACGGAGCUAUUGUUGACAAGAUGCAGUGGGACCCCAAAGACAAAACAUUUUUGAUCACCGGCGGAGCUUCUGGGCUAGGAGCUGAAUAUGCUCAAGCUUUUCUCGAACAUGGAGCAAAGAAAGUGGCUAUACUGGACAUCGCGGUGGAGGUUGGCAAGGCGACGGCUGAGCGGCUGAACAAGAGUCACCCCGACAAGGCGGUGUUCAUCAGCUGCGACGUGAGCAAGGAGGAGGACAUAGCUGCCGCCUUCGCCGCGGCGCUCGCGCAGCUCAAGCAGAUCGACGUCAUCAUCAACAACGCCGGCAUCAUGGUCGACGCGCCCAACAUGUGGAGAACCGCUUGUGACGUUAAUUGGCAAGGACUUAUCUCUUUCACAUUGAAAGGCAUCAAGCAUAUGCGCACAGACGAAGGUGGUGCCGGUGGAACAAUUAUCAACAUUUCUUCAAUAGCUUCUAUAACGAAAAACCCGGCUCUGCCAAUGUACUGUGCUUCGAAAAUGGCUGUACUGCACUUUGGUCAAUGCAUAGCGAUGGGUUCAUUUUUCGACGACACCGGCGUCAGAGUUUUAACGAUGUGCCCAGGAGCCACAGAUACUCCGUUGCUGCAUAAUUUGGCACAGAGGUCAUAUGAUCCAAAACUUGGAAAAACCUUGGAAGCUGUUUUAGACGACUAUGUAUGCCAGAAAACGGAAUCAGCAGUGGCGGCGGUUGUCCACAUGUACAAAAUUGCUGCUCCCGCCACGACUUGGGUGACCAUGGAUGACAAACCAGCUCGCGAUAUAACAGCUAGUAUUGACAGCGCUUUUGAUAGUUUCGAGAAAUUAUUGGCUUCUUAAUAAUGUAAAAUAAAUUAAUCUAAUAAAUAUUAAACUUUA